AAUGUCCAAAAGAACAAGUCUUGUUCUUCUUCUUGGUUGUUUUUAGAGAGAGAGAGAGAGAGAGAGAAGAGAGAGAAAUGGGAAGAGCUCCAUGCUGUGACAAGGCAAAAGUGAAGAAAGGGGCAUGGUCACCUGAGGAAGAUGCUCAGCUUAAACAAUACAUACAAAACCAUGGCACUGGAGGCAACUGGAUUGCUCUCCCCACCAAGAUCGGGCUGAAACGAUGCGGGAAGAGCUGCAGGCUGAGAUGGCUCAACUACCUCAGGCCUAAUAUAAAACAUGGAGAAUUCUCACAAGAUGAAGAUCACAAAAUUUGUUCCCUCUUUGCCACCAUUGGAAGCAGGUGGUCGAUAAUUGCAGCACAUUUGCCGGGAAGAACAGACAACGACAUUAAAAAUUACUGGAACACAAAGCUCAAGAAAAAGCUCUUCGGACAAAACACGGCGGCCGCCGCUGCCAAGCGCCACCACCGUCAACCUGCACCGCCGCCGCCGCCGCCUCCGGGAUCAUCUUCACCCUUUUUCCCAUCUACCGCCAAUUUCUUCCCCUCUUUCUCAUCCCCUUACAGCCAUCGAAUAGCGCCGCCGUACGACCUCGCCGGCGCCGGCGCCGGAAUUUACAGUCCGUCGUUAAUUAGGGGUAGUAGUUUCUACGACCUUCCAAACGCCCCCAAUUUCGGAACCCUAAUUUCUCCAAACCCUAAUUUUAAAAUCGGAGGAGAUCAAGCAAGCUGCAGCUCAUCGGACGGCAGCUGUGAGACGAAUCUGUACGAUCAGAGCAACAAUCUGUGGAUCGACGAGAGCCAGAAGAUCCUGGCCGUUGAUUUCGAGACGCCAUUGGAGCACAGCAUUGAGGAGAUCAAGCAGCUGAUCAAUACAGACAACAUCUUCGUCGCCAUGGAUGAUCAUAUCAAGACAGAAUUCGAAGGUCUAUAACUGUCUGAUUCGAACAAAAUUUAUAAAAAACAUUUAAAAAAAAUUAAACUUUUAUUUUUCUGGGAUUAACUAGGGUUUGUUUGUGAUCAUCGACAAACAAUUUAUGGAGAAUAAUUGGGGAAAAUUAGAAGAAAAAAAAAAAGAAGCCUUUUUGUCUUCAAAAUUAAGUGUUCUGUUGAUCGAUAAAUCCAUCCAUCUUUUUAAUUAAUUAAAUUAAAUUUACGUUUAGUUUUUAUUUUUUCAUUUUUUUUUAUUAAUAUGGUAAUAAAUUUUGAUGACUUUGCUACACUU